UCUGCAUCGCUAUUGGUUUUCCUUCCUGCCUGUUUCACCACAAGCCCAUCUGCGAUCGACACAACAGACUGUACGACCUAAAAUAAGAUAUUUUCUGUGGUAAAAUUACGGAUACUUCGUGGCAAGGCAAAAGGCAACAGCUGGAGUUAACGCGGUUGAAAAUCAUCCAAGAGGUCGUCUCCCCAGCGGUGAUGUUUGUGGCGUAGGCUCAGGGUGUGUCUCACCUCCCAUGGUGUUACCACCAUGGACCCAGAGUCAGCCCGCACAUCACAGCCCCAUGGCUCCCUUGGUAAAAGUGGGGUCUCCCUGCUAUCUGGCAGGGGUUUGGGGGCAGCUCUCACCCCUCGAGGGAAACACUAUGCGUGUGGUUCCAUAGCUGCCUUCACCAACAUCAUGGUGACAUUCCCCAUCCAGAAAGUUCUGUUCAGGCAGCAGCUGCACGGUGUGCGGGCCAGAGAGGCCGUCGGGCAGCUCCAACGGGACGGGAUGAGGAACCUCUACAGGGGGCUGCUCCCUCCUCUUCUGCAGAAGACCACCACGGUAGCCAUCAUGUUCGGCCUGUACGAGGACUUUUCCCAUGUCUUACUGGACCAGUUGUCCACAGGCAGCGGCAUUCCUGAGCUAGUGACGCGGAGCUUCGCAGCUGCGCUGGCGGGCACGGCAGAGGCUGCCCUGAUGCCGUUUGAGCGGGUGCAGACUCUCCUCCAGGACCACCGGCACCACGGCCGCUUCCACAACACGGCCCACACCUUCCGGACGCUCCUAAGAGAGUACGGUGUGAAGGAGUGCUACCGCGGCCUGGUGCCAGUCUUAAUAAGAAACGGUCCCAGUAACAUGCUGUUCUUCGGGCUCCGCGGGCCCAUCAAGGAGCAGCUCCCUGAAGCCUCCAGCCGGACCGGCCACCUGGUCAAUGACUUUGUGUGUGGAGGGGUGCUGGGGGCGGCGCUGGGGAUCAUGUUCUACCCGCUGAACGUGGUGAAGUCCCGUGCCCAGUCCCAAGUUGGGGGCGCGUUCCGGCCUUGUGGGGAGGUGUUAAUGACGGUUUGGCGGGAGAGAGGCGGCAGCGUGGCCAUGCUGUUCAGAGGGGCCCACCUCAACUACCACCGCUCUCUUCUCUCCUGGGGCAUCAUCAACGCCACAUACGAGCUGCUGCUCAAAGUGUUCUGAUACUGAACGGGGGAUAGAAAGAGGGGGAGGUGUAGAAAGGGGGAGCGAGAGAAAAAAUGCAAGACUUGCGUAAGUGUUUGAGGGUGAGGAUGAAUGCCAUUUUUGUUUUAUUGGAUCCCCAUUAGCUGUUGCACAAGCAGCAGCUAUUCUUCCUGGGGUCCGUAUAGAACAUCAAUAGACAAGAAAAGCUCAAGGAUAGAACUACAUUUAAAAAAGGCACCUAUAGCAUUUAUAUCAAUGCAUACAAACAAACUAUCUUUGUCAAAUAGGGGAGAGGCAAGGUGUUGCUCUAUCUGUUUUUUUUAAUUUAUGCUGUCUCUUGUGUUUGGCACUUGAAACUGAUGUGCCCACUGCCCACCCAAAAAGGUCCAGAUAGUUUAUGUGGGGGCGGUAAAGUGUCUAUGGCAAGCAGAAGAGGACAGAGGGUAUCUGAAAGGUGAAGUUUCUCUACUGACAAUGGCCAUCCGGUCAGUGAGAUGAAUUGCCGCUUGUUUAAAGUCACAGUAUCAAAGUGAGAGGUCUGGGUCCAACGAAAGCCUUCAAUCUUUUUUAAGUUUUUAUAAAUGUAUCAAUUGAAAUGGAUUUGACAAAUUAUUGACAUUCUGAAAGUACCUUCCCCAUUGUAGUCUGAUGUGGUACCCAACAAAGUUACAGAGGCAGUUUCACAGGGGGUAAGCCUUUUCAGUGUUUCUGUGUGCAUUGGUUAUUAGUCCCUUCAACCCCUGCUUUCCCUGCUCUGAUUCUCUGACUGUGAGCUCUGCUAUUUACCAUGUCGGUCAUCUUGGAUUAUGCACAGAUUCGACCCUCUGUGGCGUACGACCCUGGCGGCUUGCGGCGUGCGACCCUGGCGGCUUGCGGUGUGCGACCCUAGCAGCUUGCAGCAUGCGACCCUGGCGGCUUGCGGUGUGCGACCCUGGCGGCUUGCGGUGUGCGACCCUGGCGGCUUGCGGUGCGACCCUGGCGGCUUGCGGUGUGCGACCCUGGCGGCUUGCGGUGUGCGACCCUGGCGGCUUGCGGCGUGCGACCCU